AUGGAGACGUCACGUGGCCCACCAAGGGUCAAGAACAAGGCCGCCGCGCCUGUGCAGAUUUCCGCCGAGCAGUUGCUUCGCGAGGCCGUCGAUAGGCAAGAGGUCGCCCUCCAGAAGCCAACACAGCGCUUUGAGGAUCUCGAAGAGUUGAAGGAGUACCAAGGUCGGAAACGUCGCGAGUAUGAAGAUUACGUUCGCCGAAACCGCGUUCGAUUGGCAAACUGGCUUCAGUAUGCCCAGUGGGAGCUCGAGCAGAAAGAGCUUGCGCGCGCCCGGUCUGUCUUUGAGCGCGCCCUCGAUGUUCACCCCAACAACACUCAGCUUUGGAUUCGAUACAUCGAGGCCGAGAUAAAGAGCCGUAAUAUCAACCAUGCGCGCAACCUCCUCGACCGCGCCGUCACCCGGCUGCCUCGCGUGUCGUCUCUGUGGUACAAGUAUCUUUAUGUCAUGGAGAUGCUGGGUGAUAUCCCCGGGACCCGUCAGGUAUUCGACCGGUGGAUGCAAUGGCACCCAGAUGAGAACGCGUGGGCGGCCUACAUCCGUCUCGAGAAGCGAUAUGGCGAAUAUGACAGGGCGAGGGAGAUUUUUCGCGCCUUCACCGCGGUGCACCCAGAACCGAGGACAUGGCUGAAAUGGGCCAAAUUUGAGGAGGAACACGGAACGACCGAUCUGGUACGCGAAGUCUUUCAGACGGCAAUACAGACCAUUGCUGAGCUGCUGGGCGAUGAUGCGGUUGACGAAAAGAUAUUCAUUGCUUUUGCCAGAUACGAGGCACGCUUGGGCGAAUAUGAACGGGCGCGGGCUAUCUACAGAUUCGGUCUUGACAACCUUCCAAGGUCCAAAUCCAUGAUUCUUCAUGCUCAGUACACCACUUUCGAAAAGCAGUUUGGUGACCGAGAGGGAGUGGAGGACGUCAUCAUCACAAAGAGGAGGAGGCUUUAUGAGGAGCAAGUGAAGGAGAACCCCAAGAACUACGAUGUCUGGUUUGACUUUGCAAGGUUGGAAGAGAGCGGAGGCAAUGCAGAUCGUGUCCGUGAGGUUUACGAAAGGGCAAUUGCUCAAGUGCCUCCCACUCAGGAGAAGCGCCACUGGAGGCGAUACAUCUUUCUGUUCCUCUUCUACGCGAUAUGGGAGGAGAGGGAAGCCAAGGAUAUCGAACGUGCCCGGCAAAUUUACGACACCUGUCUAGGAUUGAUCCCCCACAAGAAGUUCACCUUUGCCAAAAUCUGGGUGGCCAAAGCUCACUUUGAGAUCCGGCAGGGACAGCUUACCACUGCCCGAAAGACCCUGGGACGGGCCAUUGGGAUGUGUCCCAAGGACAAGCUCUUCAAAGAAUACAUCCUCCUCGAGCAAAAGCUGUACGAGUUCGAGAGGUGCCGGACCCUGUAUGAGAAGCAUGUCAUGUACAAUCCCGCCAACUGCCAAACAUGGAUCAAGUGGGCCGAGAUUGAACGUGGCCUUGACGACCUGGAACGGACCCGCGCCAUCUUCGAGCUCGCCAUCAGUCAGCCAGUCCUGGACAUGCCGGAAGUGGUGUGGAAAGCCUACAUUGAUUUCGAGGAAGAAGAGGGCGAGUACGAGAGGACUCGCGAGCUGUACGAGCGCCUCCUUACCAAGGCCGACCACCCCAAGGUCUGGAUCAGCUACGCCCAGUUCGAGAUUAACAUCCCAGAAGCGGACGAGGACGAGGAGCGCCCGGUGAGCGAGGAGGCCAAGGAGAGGGCUCGCAAGAUCUUUGAGCGUGCUCACAAGAGCAUGAAGGAGAGAGAGCUCAAGGCCGAGCGGGUGUCGCUGCUCAACGCGUGGUUGGCAUUCGAGAAGACGCACGGCUCGCCAGAGGACGUCAAAAAGGUGAACAAACAGAUGCCGAGGAAGACGAAGAAAAAAAGAAAGCUGGAGGACGAUACGUGGGAGGAGUAUGUCGACUACAUCUUCCCUGCGGACGACCAACAGACCAGGAGCUUGUCCAACUUGCUUGCCAUGGCCAAUGCCUGGAAGCAACAGACGGGUGGAAAGAUUGGUGGGGAGGAAUGAGCUUGUUGUGGUGUAAUUCAAGUAUAAAGAAAAUAGGAGGCCAUAGAAUGCACAUCAGUUGCCCUGUUUUGGGACUGAAUAUCCCUUUUCAAUGAGAUUCUUGAGUGUCUCAUUCUU